UCAGCCAAUCAGCGCUGAGAUCGGAGUUGAGGUGGAAUAUUCCAGAAGCCGGCCGGUCUGCGCGCGAGCAACGGCACACGGGUUUAAAGCGGCGCUGGGAGCGGCCACCCCCCGCCCGCUUCAAACCGACGGCCCUCCUCAGGGGGCCCGACGCAUCGCGAAGCCGAGGGGCCGUGAACCGGCGGUCGGAGCCGGAGCCCGAUCCCACGCGGUGUCGAGCGGGGCCUGGUGGAGAUGGAGGCGGACACGUACCAAGUGGUGUCGCCGGCGGUGGUGAACGUGCGGAUUAGCAGCUCGCUGACCUCGUUCAUCUCGGAGAAAAGAUUCAACCGCGGCAUCACCGUGUCCGAGUUCAAGUGUAAACUGGAACUGAUUGUGGGCUCUCCUGCCUCAUGCAUGGACCUGGAGUUAUUCAGCGCAGAUGACAAAUUCAUUGGCUUGCUGGACCAAGAUGAUGCACUGCUUGGAUCCUAUCCGGUAGAUGAUCGCUGCCGGAUACAUGUAAUAGACAAAAGUGGAGUGAAGAUGGGAGAAUUUGAGGAUGUUUCUAAAGUUAUUAAAUAUGAAAUGUCCAAUGAAGCAUAUGAAAAGAGAACGGAUUCAGCUCGUUUAUUUCUGAAACGCAGCAAGCUGGGCUUGCAUAAUGAGGAGCAGAGAGCAAAGGAAGAGUUGGAGAUGGAGCAGAGACGACAAGAGGAGAAAGCUUUGGCGGAUGGCAUCCUAGUUGGUUCAAGGUGUGAGGUUCUAAUAUCAGGACAGCCAACCAAACGAGGCACAGUGAUGUAUGUUGGUCAAACAGAGUUUAAACCUGGAUACUGGAUUGGAUUGAAAUAUGACGAACCUUUAGGGAAACAUGAUGGCAGUGUAAAUGGAAAAAGAUACUUUGAAUGCCAGUACAAGUAUGGAGCAUUUGUGAAGCCACAGUCUGUAACAGUGGGAGAUUAUCCAGAGGAAGACUAUGGCCUAAAUGAUGAAAUAUGAAUGCUAAUCACCCUGCGUCUUGGAAGCAUUGCACAGUGGACUUGUAUCCUGAUGAUCCUGAAUUCAAUGAUUCCUUGUUACAGUUGCAUUCAAGUGGCUGGAGUUCCUGAAUAGGUUGGGAUGAUGCAGUUAUUUGGCUAACAUGCUCUGCAGAUUGUUUGGCUCGUGAUGAAAUCGAGAUGUCUGUUACUUUUUACAUUUGCAACAUUUCAAGUGCUCCUAGCUAAUAACUGACACUAGAUACUUGAAAAUCCAGACAGAAUUUGCAAAGUACAUCAGCUUGACAAAAGGCACUGAUUGACUGACAUUUGGACUCUGUUUAAAAAAAAAUGCAUUGUAAAGUUAUUGGUCCAAAUGUAAGCAAUAUUACACUUGACCAUAAUUGGGGCUGAACAAUACCCAUCAUUACUCUAGAUACUUUUUGUGAAGCUUUCAGGAGUUUUGUCUUUUUAUACUUGUGUAUUUUGCAAUUCUGUUUACUAUGGCUGAUAUCUUGAAUUUUCAGCUGAAGAAAAUGAUCUAUUGAUUGCCAAAGUAACUUUAGAUAAUACUGCCAUGUACUAUGGUAAUUAUCAUUGAAAGUUGGCAAAUUAAGUAAUAACUCUGCUUUUUUUUGUUUAAUUUUAUUGUUGGGAGAUGUGUAGGUACAAACUCUAAACAAAAUACUUGCAAUCUUUCAUCAGUCCUGUCUUGCUUCCAUACUGAGCUAAGGUAUUUGUGCAGAGGACAAUGUUGCAUCAGCAAUGUAAAAGGCUGGAUGGAAAACAUACAUCAUUGUUUUUACUUCCUAUGUCUUCCUGAGUUUAUAACACUUGAUAGAUUUUUAAAGUUUGUUAUCUUGCCAAACACCCAUUUCCUACCAUUUAAAAGAUGAGCUAGUGACUUCUUCCAUGUUGCUCAAAUGUUAUUUCAGCCAGGGUGUGCACAUAAGAUUUCUGUUUCUUGAAAUUGAAAGGAAAGUUUGUGGUUUUUUUGCCUUAACUUGUACUACUGGUUACUAUUGCUGCUGAUAAAAAAAAAAUUAACUUCUAA